AUGGAUAUUUUCUUGGACCUUAACAUGGAUCCUUCUUCUUCUUAUGCUAACUCCGCCAUGGAUGACCCUCUUCAUCCUUCUAAAAAAGACAAGUUUGAAGAAGAAAUGUAUUGGGAUAAAGAACACCUCUCAUUGAGCUUGGCAAAUAAGGCGCAUGGAAGUGAUUCGAGUCGGAGAUUGGAAGAAGAGUUGGAUAGGAAAAUGGUGGAGAAUGGGAAGCUAAGUCAGAUGUUGAGAAUAAUGUAUGAGAAAUACAUAAAUCUUCAGAAGCAAGUGAUGUGUUUGGUGAGCCACCAAAAGCAGAGCUCAGAAAUGGAAGCUCUAAUUUCUUCAAGGAAGAGAAAGGCAGAAGGAGGAGAAGAAGAAGAAGAAGAAGAAGAAGAAGAAGAAGAAGGGAUUUGCAGCACAAGAGAUGAAGAUUUCAACAGGUGGCUUAAGAGGCCAAGACUCAAUGGAAACCCUAAGGUUUCUAAGGUUUUUGUGCACAAAGAUGCAUCAGAUCCAAGCUUGGUGGUGAAAGAUGGGUAUCAAUGGAGGAAGUAUGGCCAAAAGGUCACAAGAGACAAUCCUUCUCCAAGAGCUUACUUCAAGUGUUCCUCUGCACCAAAUUGUCCAGUAAAAAAGAAGGUGCAAAGAAGUUUGGAAGAUCCAGCAAUUUUGGUGGCCACUUACGAAGGAGAACACAACCAUGCCAGCCAUUUUCAAACUGAGCUUUCUUUAAGGUCCAUCAAUGGCGGGAAAGGCAGCGCAGUCCCGGUCUUAGCCACGAUCAAGCCGUCGUGCGCCACCGUGACCCUCGACUUGAUUCAUGAAGAUGGACUGUUUAAGAGUCCUAAAGAUUACGCGUCGUCGGAGUCAGCGGUGUCGACGGAGGCAGCCGUUUGGCAGGAGUUUUUAGUACAACAAAUGGCUUCUUCCUUGAAGAAGGAUCCUGAAUUUGCUGGCAUUGUUGCUGGUGCCAUUUCCGACAAGGUUUUGGGAAACCAAACAAACUGAGAAUAAACCUUAAAACCCUCAAAUGCUAAAGCCUUUGUGUUCUA